UGGGCGCUUCCUUCCUGUGGAAGUUCAUUGAUGAUUUUUCACAAAUAUCGGUUGAGCAGUAAAAAGUUUACCACUGCUUUCAGCAAUGUCCGUCCCUGCUUUCAAUCGUCGCUAUGAUCUAGUUCCGCAGAAGGUUGCCAAUCUUGCUAGGGAGAGAUCUCUUAACUUAGUCUACAUCUUUCCCUGUAAGACCAAGAUAUAUAGAACAGUUGACGAAAUUUUUAAUAUAUUUGGAAUAGGGUUUGAACCUCACUUUGAGUACAUAUUUACUGAUUCACUUGAAAAAAGAGUUUCUUUUGAUUUAUUAAAAGUGCAAGAUCACAUUGUUUCUGUGAAGUUUAAAGAUUUAAAUCUUAACUCUGAUGGUUGGUUAACUUUGUCUAUUUUUAUGGAAGGUUAUUUAUUUAAUCCAGCACGAGUGGGCUUUCUUUCCCAAAGUUAGUUGGGAUGGCUAUCACCAAACCUUUGUU